AUGGAUAUAUUUAGGCAUACUUUUGGAAAUAAUGAUGAUUCCUUUAUUCGAAUCCCAGGUGCUUUUAGAGAAGAACCACCUGCUGAUUUGAAUGGAAGGACAGAAGAUCAAAACAGCAAUACAAAUGAACCCACACAGAGCCGGGAUGGACGCUUAAAAUCAAUACUCCAUUUUUUAUUUCAAGCUCCCCUAAUAGUUCUUUAUUAUUUAUUGAAUUUCAUUGUCCGAAGUUCACGUCUUUUAAAACCUCUAUUAAGACUUCACGGAUUCUACCAGAGGAAGCACAACCGUUUACUAGACCACAGUUCCCAAUUACACCGUCUUUUAGAAAAUCUAGAAAACGAAGCUCAAGCUGUAACGUGUUCUGAAGGUAACGGGAAUAAUGAUGAUGGCAGCAAUACUGACAGUACGAGCAACAAUGAGAGCAGUGGGGUCCAGUUUAGUUUUGGUUCUUUAUACAACCCUGAAAAUGGAACAUUUUCCAAAAGCAUUAUGCAAAAUAGUUACACUGAAUUAUUGGAUGCUUGUAGCGAACAAGUGAAAUUUGGAGUCAUUUAUUUACAUGACCCAUUGUUGGAUAAUCAUAUGGAUUACGUUAAUAAAAUAUUGUGCUCAGAAGCCUUUGUUAACAUGAUAAGGAAGUACCAGGUAUUACUAUGGUAUGGUGACGUUACUACAUCCGAGGGGUUGCAAGUUUCCAAUGCAUUAAAAAUUAGGCAAUAUCCCCUACUUGGAAUAAUUUCUUUAAAGGCUGAGAAAAAAAUAGAGUUAAUAGCAAGAGUUGAAGGUUCUAUUUCUAACUACAAAGCCCAAGAUUUGGAGGCCAUAUUCUCCAAGAAUUAUUCUCGAUUAAUUCAAUUGCGUCAGCAAAGACAAAAUAUUGAAAUGCAGAGAUUAAUAAGACAACAACAGGAUUCAAGAUACCAGGAUUCCUUAAGACGUGAUCAACAAAGAGAAUCAGAAAGAUUGGAACAGACCCAAAGAGAACAAAUGGAAAGAGAGCACCAAAGAAUAGAAAACCAAUGGCUAUUGUGGAGAAAAAGCCAACUAAAACCCGAACCCUCUUCUGAUAAAGAUGCAAGCAAAGUUGCGAUCAGACUAGAAAAUGGGCAGAGAUUAGUGAGAAAGUUUGACGCAUCUCUACCAACGGAGGAGAUAUAUGCCUUCGUAGAAUUACAGUUGCAUGACAUGUUGAACUCAGAAAACGAUACUUUACCCGUAUACCAACCUGCUAAUUAUCAGCACCAGUAUAGCUUCAAAUUGAUCACGCCGGUACCAAGAAGAGAGCUUGAUUUAUCUACCAAAAUAUCUGACGUUAGCGGCAUAUAUCCAUCAGGAAAUAUUGUAAUGGAACGCCUGGACGAAUGA